ACAGUACUUUAUUUUCAAAAGCAGGCACUGGCUCACUGUGAAGGGAUGUAUGUCACACAUUAUGAGGCGCCUGUAAUUCUGUACGUUGCUGUAUGUGUCUCGAGCACAACAAAGGACGACACUCCCCUCUUGGCGCAAUGAACCGCACGCGCUCCCUCUCAUUCUACCCAUGAUGCCCCGCGCGCGUCUGCUUGGAUCGAGCCGCCAUGUUGUCGGUGUGAAAGCUAGGGAGCUGCUGCAAACCGGGGCUGAAAUCCGUCACCAUCCGCAUCCUCCACCUUCUCUGGUGGAAUGAGCGUAGCGUGUGUGUUGAAGAGGAAAGCUGUGCUCUGGCAGGAUUCGUUCAGCCCCCACCUGAGACUGCCUCCCCCUGACAGGCCAUUACCCAGCAUGCCUGUGGUGCUGAGUGCUGCGGGCCACACCCCCCAACCUGGCCCUUCUCCUCAGGCCCCUCCCCCCACGCAGGGAGCGGGACGCUCUCAAGAUGACGCCAUGGUGGAUUACUUCUUCCAACGGCAACAUGGCGAGCAGCCAGGCUACAACAAUUGCAAACACCGCUGGCCGACUGGUGACAACAUUCAUGGAGACAACCAGGUAGAAGUACGAUCAAUGGAUGAACUUAACCAUGACUUCCAGGCACUUGCACUAGAGGGCCGAGCUAUGGGAGAGCUCCUUACUGGGAAGAAGUUUUGGGAAAGUGAUGAUUCAGGGAAAGAUGGACCAAAAGGGAUCUUUCUGGACCAGUGGAGAGACAGCGCUUGGGGAGCUUCUGAUCACUCAGUUUCCCAGCCAAUCAUGGUGCAGCGCCGACCAGGCCAGGGCUUCCAUGGCGUCGGAGAGGCCGGAUCUGUGCUGUCGCCACGUUCUGAGAGUGGCGGAUUAGGCGUCUCCAUGGUGGAGUAUGUUCUUAGCUCCUCCCCUGCUGAAAAAAUGGACUCGUGUCUGCGCAAAGGAGCCUUUGGUCCAAGAGAGCCUGAGGCGGAUGACCCUGAGAAAAGGGUAGAGCAAAAGCCCAAAACAACCUUUGAUCCUGAGCGGAUGGAACUUAAAGAGACAGAGCCGGAUGUUUUGGAUAACCCCAAUGGACUGCCCAAUCAGAAUGGACUAGAUGUUGAUGUUAAGGAUUUUAGCCGUGCUCCUGGUAACUGCCCUCCGACUGGUCCAGAGGUGGAGUUGGGUGGGCCAGAAAUGGCUGGAGGUGCAGGGCCAAAACCAGCAGAGGAGUUCUCAAAUAUCGAAACCCAAAAUGUGACCCUGGACCCCAUGGAAUCUGUUUCCAUGGAGACUUUACAGUUUGCAGAUUACACUGGAGGCCAGCUGCCUCUUGACUCUACAGCUGCUACUGUCGGCCUGUUUGACUACAACUCCCCUCAGCAGCUGUUCCAGAGGCCCAGUGCUUUGGCAGUACAGCAGCUCACCGCGGCCCAGCAGCAGCAGUACGCCCUCGCCGCAGCUCAACAACAACACAUCGGUUUGGCCCCAGCUGCAUUUGUACCGAAUCCAUACAUCAUCAGCGCUGCUCCGCCUGGCACUGAUCCAUAUGCUGCCGGCCUCGCUGCUGCUGCCACUCUAGGUCCAGCAGUGAUGCCCCCUCAGUACUAUGGUGUGACUCCAUGGGGCGUGUAUCCUGCCAACCUAUUCCAACAACAGGCUGCCACCCCCUCCAACUCGGCCAACCAGCAGUCAGCAGCACAGAACCAGCAGAACCAACAGCAGGUGAUGCGUGCAGGUGGUAACCAACGACCUAUGACUCCCAGUCAAGGACAGCAAAAUCAGCAGACAGAGCAGCUUGUAGCUGCAGCAGCUGUGAAUUCUGCCUUGGCGUUUGGGCAGGGGCUGGCAGCAGGCGUACCUGGUUAUCCUAUGUUGGCUCCAGCUGCGUAUUAUGACCAGACAGGGGCACUUGUUGUGAAUACAGGUGCUCGCGGUGGACCGGUUCGACUUAUGGCCCCUGCAUCGGUUAUCAUCAGCCCAUCAGCAGCAGUGGCUGCUGCUGCUGCCUCAGCAGGUGGGGCUAAUGCCGGUCUUGGCGGUGGAGCAAGUGGUGCGUUCCGUGCAUUGAGUUCCCAGCAGGCUCCGGGGCAGCAAGGGAGUGGGGCUUUGGGAGGAAGCUCUUUUUAUGGGAGUGGCUCGCCAGGCUCCUCCUCACAGAGCUCUUCACUAUUUUCACAAGGCUCUGCUCAGCCAGGAAGCACCUCACUUGGAUUUAAUGCCAACCCAUCUUCUUCUCUGGGAGCCACGCUUGGAGCAGCACUCGGGGGUUUUGGCACAGCAGUGGCUAAUUCCAGUUCCAGUGGAUCCCGUCGAGAUUCUCUGACGGGUAGCUCUGAUCUGUACAAGCGCACACCCAGUAGCCUCACCCCUAUUGGCCAUGGGGGCUUCUAUAAUGGCCUCAGCUUUAGCUCCUCCCCUGGCCCAGUCGGCAUGCCUCUUCCAAACCAAGGCCCCUCCCACUCUCUCACCCCGCCACCCUCGCUCUCAACUCAUGGAUCUUCGAGCAGUCUUAACCUUGGUGGACUGACCAAUGGCAGUGGGCGAUUCAUCUCUGCAGCUCCAGGAGCAGAGGCCAAGUACCGCAGUGCUACCACUGGCUCAUCUCUCUUCAGUCCUAGCAGCCAGCUCUUCCCAUCAUCACGGCUACGUUACGGCAUGUCUGACGUGAUGCCAUCGGGACGUAGCCGUCUGCUUGAGGACUUCAGAAACAACCGUUACCCCAACCUGCAGCUGAGAGAAAUCGCGGGACACGUCAUGGAGUUCUCUCAGGACCAACAUGGCUCCAGGUUUAUCCAGCUGAAACUGGAGAGAGCAAGUCCUGCAGAACGUCAGUUGGUCUUCAAUGAGAUACUACAGGCGGCCUACCAACUCAUGGUUGAUGUGUUUGGAAAUUAUGUCAUCCAGAAGUUCUUUGAGUUUGGCAGUCUGGAUCAGAAGUUGGCACUGGCUGAGCGGAUCCGUGGCCAUGUUUUAUCCCUGGCGCUGCAGAUGUAUGGCUGCAGAGUGAUUCAAAAAGCUCUGGAGUUUAUCCCUUCGGACCAACAAGUCAUUAAUGAGAUGGUUCGGGAGCUUGACGGACACGUUUUGAAGUGUGUGAAGGAUCAAAAUGGCAAUCAUGUGGUGCAGAAGUGCAUUGAGUGUGUCCAGCCUCAUGCUCUUCAAUUCAUCAUUGAUGCCUUCAAAGGACAGGUGUUUGCUCUGUCCACACACCCAUAUGGUUGUCGGGUGAUCCAGCGUAUUCUGGAGCACUGCCUGCCUGAGCAGACUCUACCGAUACUGGAGGAAAUCCAUCAACACACCGAGCAGCUGGUCCAGGAUCAGUAUGGGAAUUAUGUAAUUCAGCAUGUGUUGGAGCACGGCCGCGCGGAGGACAAGAGCAAGAUUGUAUCUGAAAUCCGUGGAAAUGUUUUGGGGCUCAGCCAGCAUAAGUUUGCCAGUAAUGUGGUGGAAAAGUGCGUGACCCACUCGUUGCGUGCUGAGAGGGCGAUGCUGAUUGAUGAGGUGUGCAGUAUGGCAGACGGGCCGCACAGUGCCUUAUACACCAUGAUGAAGGACCAGUACGCCAACUAUGUUGUGCAGAAGAUGAUCGAUGUGGCCGAGCCGACACAACGCAAGAUUGUAAUGCACAAGAUCCGGCCCCAUAUUGCGACGCUGAGGAAAUACACCUACGGAAAGCACAUCUUGGCCAAGCUGGAGAAGUACUACAUGAAGAACGGCGUUGACCUCGGCCCACUCUGUGCACCCCCUAAUGGCAUCAUGUAAACACUUCCCAUAACUCCUGUAGGAUGCCGGUCUGUGUGCACGUGUGUGUGUGUGUGUGUUUGUCCACACCCGAUGACGUAAGGAGGAUGGGGUGGAAUGGACGAUAACCUUCCUCUCAUCACUGAGUCAUCCCUGGGUUGUUGUGACCCCUUUUUGUUGUUGUUUUUCCUCUCCCUUUUAGCAUUUCUUCCUGUUUUCACUCUACUACCUUAAUAAUGGUCUUUUUUUUUUUUUUAAUCCUGAAUGAAAUGAGAGAAUAUUUGAUUUAUCCCACGUUCGAUCAUGUAGGCUUGCGCGAACACACUUUAUUGCUUCGCAACACCUUUCUAACGCGCAUAUUCUUUCAUAACACACACGCACAUUAUCGCUAACACUUGAUUGCUAACACGCAGACAUUUAGCAUGGGAGACGUUUUUGGUCUUGCUUCUAUAAACUAUUUAGUGCAUACUUGGUGUAGACCUUUGCAUAUAUAUAUAAAUAUAUAUAUAACUUUGUAGUUUUUCUGGUUUUUGAUGUCCACUCUGUAUCUAUAAUCUUCCCCUGUAGUGAAUACAUACUUCUGAUUGUAUAAUUGUACAUUUGUAAACCUUCGCUAAUGUAAAUGUGGACUUGCUUCUACAGCCCUUUUUUGGUAUGAGGAGAAAAAAAAAUGACAAAAUGAAACAAAAAAAAAACAAAAACAUCUUGUGCAUUUCAGUGUAAAUUCUCACCUCUUUGGUUGUGGUUUCUGAGUUAUGAGUUGUUAUAUAUUGUAAAUUGUAAUAUCAGAUUUUUUGUUGGUUUUGAAGCCCUUUGAAUUAUUACUGCAUAGAUGUACAAAGAACAGAGAAAAGUGCGCACUCUGCUUUUAGCCAUUCACCAGCCACCUCUUUUUCACCUCCACUCAUCCCUUUCUUUUUUUAAGAUCUUUUAUAGUCCCUCCCUCGCUUCGGGGCAGGUAGCAGCAAGCGUGUUUGUGUGUAUGUGUUUGACGCGCUCGACUGCCCCGGGUCAGAGUCGGAGGCGUGUACAGAUUUGCCAUUCUUUUGUCUACUUGUAAGUGAUUGUAACAUACUGGCCAUUGGUUUUUGAUUUGGAACACACUCUGGUGUAUAUUUAAACAGCCUUGUGUAUAUUUCCUAUGAUUCUCUUUAUGCAGGCACACUUGUAACCAUAAUGUGUAUAGGUAACAGAUGCUGUGUGUGCUUUCUGCCUGGGCAACUAUUUUUUGUAACUCCAGUUGUAGAUUGUCUCUAAACAAUGUGUGAUCUUUAUUUUGAAACAAAACAAUGAAAAAAUUUCAAAAUUUCA